GGUGUUUGCAAAAACCCUUUGGUACAAUCGGCCUCAUCGUGCUUCACCCCCCUUUUUCUGUUUUAAACAUUUUCCUUUCUUAUUUUACUGUGCAGUGCAGUGGUUAAGAUUUUAAAAGUUGGUCCGAAAUUUCAGUUUACAAAAUGUUUUGAAGUCAAGUUGUCCAAAUUCUGACUGAAUUGUUUUCAAUCGCAAUUUGUAAGUGCAUCUUUACUGUAACAACAAACAAUUUCUCAAGGUCCUCCGACAGAUCCUAUUCACAUGUUGAGUUGACCAACUACUUAUAAUCAUCAAUAUGGAUGAGGAGUCCAAGAUCACUUUGACAGCAACCAACAAACGAGAGUGGCCAAACUCCACCCUCAAGUCGCUGAACACAUUCCGACAGACUGAACACACCCUCUGCGACGUCUUCCUCCGCGGGGAGGAUACUCUUGAACCGAUACCCGCCCAACGCUGUGUGCUUGCUGCCAACAGCGUUUACUUUCAUGCCAUGUUCACGUCAGGGCUUGCAGAGAGUAAGCAGGACCACAGGGAAGUGUCCAUCCGUGGUGUUGACACAGGAACCCUUUCUCUCAUCGUGGAGUUCCUCUAUGUUGGAAGCUGUCGCCUACCUAGUGGCACCAUGCAUAGAGUGAUGGACUUGCUUGCCGCUUCUACCAUGCUACAGGUGGAUGAGCUCUCCCAUGCAUGCAGUAUCUACCUUGAAAAGUGCUUGGACUCUGACAGUGCAAUAGAACUAUGGCUGUUUUCAGAGAGUUUUGGUGUUUCUGAUCUCGCUGAGCCUUGCAAGAGGUAUGUCCAGUCAUACUUUCGCUCAAUCAGCAGGAGCCAGCGAAUCCUUGAACUUGAUCGUCAGGAAAUUGCAGCCCUUCUUGGCCUGGAGGAAGUAAAUUUAGGGAAUGCAGCGAAUGAAGACACCCUUGUUGAACUUCUUCUGAGAUGGUUAACCUUUAAUCCUAAAGCUCUUGACUCAGAUCUACUUCCUGUUCUUAAUAAGAUUUGUUGGAAUGAAGUUAGUCAAGAGUGCAAAGAUACGUUCAGAGAGAAACUUGCUGAAAUAGCAGAGGACAGUUCUUCAGAUUCUUUCCAAGUACUAGAUAUUAUUUCAAAACCAUCAUCUCUGAAUCCAAGCCUCAGACGAACCUUCUUUUCUUCAGUUUGUUCCAUUGGAGGCCUUCAGAAUUCAAGAGCAGGACGGAGGUCGCCGCACACUAGUUCCAUUGAGGUCGCCGACAUCGAUGCAAGGACGGGCUCUAUUCUCAGGCAGUGGUCCCAGUCCAGAGGGUUCCACGGAAGACAGUCCACCAGCAACAUCAACCCACAGUAUCACUUUCUACCAUUCCAUGGUCACCUCUAUGCUUUCUACUCCUUCAAUCAAGACCGGACACUCUUGACAUCGUCCAUGUCGAGUCACCAGGGUAACAAAUCAGACGAUGUGCUGUGUCUAAGUGUGGCCAACGUCAUGAAUGCCAAUCUGAAAGUGUUAAGGACUAGACCUUGUGACGUUGAGUCGGUCUGGUGGGACUUGAUUGACAAACAUAAUUAUGCACUUGCCAUCGAUGAAGCGAAGGGAGUGGUCUUUUUGUGUGGGUGCACGGAGCAGAGAGAAGGUGCCUCGUCUAAACGGGUUUUCAAGCUGGAUAUUGAGAAGAAUGUCUGUUCUGAAAUGACCAGUCUGCCUUUUGGAAGAUCUCAUCAUAGAGCAGUACUUGUAGAUGGAGAAUUAUUCGUACUUGGUGGAGUAGACCGUUUACUAACCCCUCUUUCUACUGUUUUAAAAUAUGACUGGAUGAACAAUUCUUGGGAAGAAGUGAGCCCAAUGCAUGAGCCAAGGAUAGAUGGAGCCUAUGCCUGUGUUGGUGGCAGGAUAUAUGCGUCUGGUGGUUCAACGUCUAAAGUACGUUCAAGAAACGUUGAGGUGUACAACCCUUCUCUGGACAUUUGGACAACACUGAGUCCCAUGUCGGUACCAAGGGUUAACCAUGGACUUGUGGCUGUUGGAUCCUUCCUGUUUGCUAUGGGUGGUCAAUCAUAUUCUGGGGAAAAUGGAGGUGCCAGGAACGUGCAAAGAACAGUUGAGAGGUACAGCAUCGCAGAAGGAUGUUGGGAGGCCGCCUGGGAGAUGUCAGAAUGCAGAUGGGGGAUGACAGCAUUCACGCUUUAGAGAGAUAGACUGAGAACGUGUCCAAAGAGCAAUGGAGUGGUACAGCAUCACUAAUGGCUCCUUAUCAGAUGUCAAAGUGCACAUAGGGGAUGACAGCAUUCACGCUUUAGAAGUUCGAAGGUGUCCAUAGAUCAAUGGAGUGCUACAGAGUCACAAAAACCUUCUUAGUGGAUGUCAGACUGCACAUAUAGGAUGACAGUGUGCACCUGUGGGAUGACUCAUUCAAUCAGGAUACAGUGAGCAUUGUCCAAAGAGCAAUGGAGUGAUAAAGCAUUGCUAAAGACUCCUACAGGGAUGUCAAGAGUGCAAGUCGGGAGCAUCAUUAGACACUUCACCAGAGUCACUCAAAUCAUGUCCAAUUGCAUUCCCAUGUUGCCAUUUUAUUUGUCAUGUGUAGACAGUCCCUACAAAUAAUUGUUUACUUUCCAUUUGAUUAUGUCCAGUGUGUGCAAUAUUCCAUUACAAAAUAAGGAGUAACAUUCUAGUAAUAUGUUUAAAGUAAAAUUACUGUCAUUUAAAAAAAAAGUUUGGAACAAGUUUAUCUUGCUAUAUUGCCAACCUGAUUCAACCUCUAUACACCUGUAUCCCUCCCACUCCAUAUUAAAAAUGAACAAACAAAAAUAUUAUUUCAUACAUGAUUUGAUCGUUUAUUUUCACUGCUUUUCAUUCUUUUUCUUGCCCUAUGGAAAUAAUGUUCCUCACGAUGAUCUUCCACCUGAAUUUUGAAGUUAUCGCAUAUCUGUGAUUUUUCUUGUCAGGUUCUGAAAUUCAAAUAAUGUACAAAUGUGUGUGUGUUUGUAUCUGUGCUUUGGUAACCAUGGCUGAAAA